AUGGAUUGUUCUGAGCCAUCUUCAUCUAGAGCUGGCAGUUCUGAACCACAAAGCAUGGAAUUUUCGGAUGAAAUUCAAUGGCGAUUUUCUCAAAUAAAAGGAAAUAUUGAAACUGAUGAUGCGCCAACUGACGGUUUUUUUAAUUUUUCAUUAGCUCAUAAAUUGGGCCCCAUUCCUUCCCUACGUUUUGUUUUGGUUAAUUUUGUACAAUUAUUCCCUGUCCUCACCCCAUUCCUGGCAAUUUCAUAAAGUGGCCCCCUUUCCUUCCCAUCCGUUUUUGUUCUAGUGGAUUUUGUCACAAUUAUUCCCUGUUUCCCCCCGCUCCCUCUUUUUCCUG